AAAAAUGGGUCGCCGGCAAGAUCAUCAGCAGCAUCUUCAAGAUGCCACCAUGGUGAAUUAUUCCUCCAUUGCUCUCCUGCAAGAAAGGUUCAGGCAGUUGGAGAAGGUGAAGGAAAGGAGAGAAGGCAAAGAGCUCCUUAAGCUCUUCUCUUCUUCUUCGGAUUCUUCUUCUUCCUCCUCCCCUUCUGCUAUGCACUUUCAGGCAUCAUCACAGCAACCAAGUUUGGUUCAUGGAUCUCUUUCUCUGGGCCUUAGUCAACCCAGCAAGGAAGGCCGUCAUCACGAACAGGCAGCUUCCACAUCAAAUUUUGAGCACUCAGAUGUUGAUGUUGAUACUUCUCUUCAUCUGUAAAUACUGAUCAUCAUGUAUAAUUACUUUUUCUUCAGUAUGUUUCUAUAUAUACAUAUAUAUGGACGAUGCCUCCAUGUUUUAAUUCUCUCAUCAUUAUCAUUGUUAUGUUUAAAUCUUCUUUUUUUAAGUAUAGGUAGUUAUUAUAUCUGUACUUCACAUAGAAACAAUAAAAUGGCAACAUAGAUGCCUGCAGCUGUUGCCAAGGAUUUAUCACAUCCCAGAAAGUUAUUAGCUCUUUUUUACAUGAUA